AUGUCCAGCCUCCAGGAACUGUGCUCUGGCCUGCCCCUACGACCCCUUCCUGAGAACCGGGGGCGCUGGGCUGGGGUGCCACAUGCUCCGGUCAGGACUCCAGACCUCAGCCCUGCAGAAGAGCAGCUGGCUCUGAGGAAUGCCCUGCGCUACUUCCCACCUGAUGUGCAGAAGCUGUUGGCGCAGGAGUUUGCCCAGGAGCUACGACAGUUCGGACACAUAUACAUGUACCGGUUCUGCCCCAGCAUUGAGAUGAGGGCCUACCCGAUUGAUCAGUACCCAUGCCGGACACGAGCAGCUGCGGCCAUCAUGCACAUGAUCAUGAACAACCUGGACCCUGCUGUGGCCCAGUUUCCACAGGAGCUGGUGACCUAUGGAGGAAAUGGGCAGGUGUUCAGCAACUGGGCUCAGUUCUGGCUGACCAUGUCCUACUUGUCAAAGAUGACUGAGGAGCAGACUCUGGUCAUGUACAGUGGACACCCGCUGGGCCUCUUCCCCAGCAGCCCUGGUGCCCCUCGGCUGGUCAUCACCAACGGGAUGGUCAUUCCCAACUACUCCUCCAGGGCAGAGUAUGAGAAGCUGUUUGCCUUGGGGGUGACCAUGUAUGGUCAGAUGACAGCGGGCAGCUACUGCUACAUUGGUCCCCAGGGAAUCGUCCAUGGCACUGUGCUCACUGUGCUGAACGCUGGUCGGCGUUACCUGGGCAUUGAGGACCUGGCAGGGAAGGUUUUUGUCACCUCUGGGCUCGGUGGGAUGAGCGGGGCUCAAGCCAAGGCUGCAGCCAUUGUUGGAUGCAUUGGGGUGAUCGCAGAGGUUGACAAAUCUGCACUUGUAAAACGUCACCGGCAAGGCUGGCUGAUGGAAGUGACUGACAGCUUGGACCACUGCAUUGUGAGACUCAGGGAAGCAAGGAAGAAGAAAGAGGUACUCAGCCUUGGCUAUCAUGGCAACGUGGUGGACCUUUGGGAGCGUCUGGUCCAUGAACUGGACACUACAGGGGAGCUCUUGGUGGAUCUUGGGUCAGACCAGACAUCCUGCCACAACCCGUUCAAUGGAGGCUACUACCCUGUGCAGCUCAGCUUCUCGGAGGCCCAGAGCCUCAUGUCCUCCAACCCAGCUGCCUUCAAGAACCUGGUGCAGGAAAGCCUGAGGAGGCACGUCUCAGCCAUCAACAGGUUGGCCCAGGAGAAGUUCUUCUUUUGGGACUAUGGUAAUGCCUUCCUCUUGGAGGCUCAGCGAGCAGGAGCAGAUGUGGAGAAGAAAGGAGCCAACAAGACGGAGUUCCGCUACCCCUCCUAUGUCCAGCACAUUAUGGGGGACAUAUUCUCCCAGGGCUUUGGGCCCUUCCGCUGGGUAUGCACGUCGGGGGACCCUCAGGACCUGGCUGUCACUGAUCAUCUGGCCACAUCUGUGCUGGAGAAAGCCAUUGCUGAUGGAGUGAAGGCAUCCGUUAAGCUACAGUACAUGGAUAACAUCCGCUGGAUCCGGGAGGCUGCCAAGCACCAGCUGGUGGUGGGCUCCCAGGCGAGGAUCCUGUACUCAGACCAGAAAGGACGUGUGGCCAUUGCUGUGGCCAUUAACCAAGCCAUCGCCAGUGGGAAGAUCAAGGCACCAGUGGUCCUGAGUCGUGACCACCAUGAUGUGAGUGGCACUGACAGCCCCUUUAGGGAGACUUCCAAUAUUUAUGAUGGCUCUGCCUUCUGCGCAGACAUGGCCGUGCAGAACUUCGUGGGAGAUGCCUGUCGUGGUGCCACCUGGGUUGCACUUCACAAUGGAGGGGGUGUAGGCUGGGGUGAGGUGAUCAAUGGGGGAUUUGGCCUUGUGCUAGAUGGAACCUCACAGGCUGAGCAGAAAGCCAGGAUGAUGCUUGGCUGGGAUGUCUCCAAUGGUGUGGCACGGCGCUGCUGGUCUGGGAAUCCCAAGGCCUAUGAGAUCAUCUGCCAGACAAUGCAGGAGAACAGUGGCCUGGUGGUGACACUUCCCCAUGAGGUGGCAGAUGAACAAGUGAUACAGCGGGCCCUGCGGCCCUGAGAAGAGCUGGGGUCCUCUUGAUCCGCUCCUUCCCACUACCUGACCCUCUCAGAUCACCACCAUCCUCCUACACUGCACCCCUACAUAGCUCUCCUAGUGUCCCACACAGUGAACCACAGAGGCCUAUCAAGGUGAAAGCACUUGUCUUUGACCACUGGGUUGAGGGUCCGGAGAGGAUAGGGAACAUCUUGUUUGUGGGAAGGUCUUUAAGCCUGCA